AUGGAUUCGUCGAGCGAUCAGUGUUUCACUCGUGUGUUUCUGGAGAAGAAUCCGUUGAUCACGAAAGACACGAUCGAUGUAUUGGUCGACAACGGAUACACCGAUCGGGCGUUGUUUCUGUUGCUGGACGUGACCACAGAUGUGCCGACUCUUCCCAUUCCGAUGGCGCAGAAGACGGCGCUCAAGAAGAUUCUCACCGAAUGCCAGAAUAUGAGCCGCAAGUCUUUGGACACGACUUUGCGGCAGAAGAUAUCGCAAGAUCUCGACGAGACUGACGUCCAGUUAAGUAACUUAAUGCUGACCUCACUGUCCGAAUCGGGCGCAAGACAUCACUUGCAAGCGCUGCCACUCUUGUCGAUAGAGCCGUCGCCGACGCCAUCGUUGGCCGCGCCCUCACCCGCAGAGUCGACAGUGUCUCACGUCAUACCACUGGUCACCACCACUACCGCCAUCACUACUGUCCCCACAAGCGCUUCCGACAGGUCUUCCUUAACACCGCCGCCUAUCGUUAAACCUCCCGCCAGUCCUCCACAGCCAUCGUUGAGCCAAAACGUGUCUUCAGUCUCGUCGACGACCACUACUACUACUAUCGGUGGCACGAGUUUCUCGUCCGAGCCGUCCACGAGUCGGCUAUCGUGCGAACCGUCGACAAGUGGUCAGUCGUCGUCGUCAUCGGCAGCGACGGUAAAGCAAAGGCUAAAACCACGAAUGGGUCCGAAGUCGAAGAUGUUGGCCUGGAAUAGCGCGUACCCGCGUUUCCUCGAGUCUCAUAAACGACAACAAAAGUUGGCCCGAACUCCGCCGAAGAUGUGCGACCAGUCUGUGGGCACUCGAUAUAUGCUGAAGAGUUCACUCAUUGGUCAGGAAUUUGCCAAAACAUACGCCGAUCUCUAUAAGACAUCGACGACAACACCACCGGUUGAUAGUCAAAGCACUUCCAAAGAGUUAACUACUGAUACGGUUAUAAAACAAGAGAUAAUUGAUGGCAACACUGAGUUUGAUAAUGUCCUCCAAACGAGUCCUAAUACCGCAAUCAACAAAAUGAUUACACAAAUUAAAGACAUUAUCAAAAGCGAUGACAGCACUCAAGACACGAUCAUAAUGUCCGCGCAAUCGGAGCCCAAUAGUGCCGAAAGUAAUCCCGAUUUCAAUACCGAAACUGAGACCGAAGAGGAAGAAGUGGUGGCGAAGACGACUGAUGAGAGCAUUGAGAAUGUGGCCAAAAAUGAAGUGUCGAAAAAGCAAAAGAAAAUGAAAGGCAAACGAAUGAGAGUCUCGAAGGACUCGACAAUAACCGCCGAAGGCAUCCAUCUCUACGACUGUCUGUUUAAGGGAUGCGACCAGAAGUUUGCCAAUUGUGAGGAACUGCGGGACCACCGCCUGAACCACGAAUCGGCCAAAAAGAUUAUCGAAGAGAUGACAGCGAAGGUCAGAGCGAAGGCAAAAGCGGACGCCGAGGCCAAGGCUGCGGAGGCGGCGAAGGCGACCGCCGAGAACAGGGCUGCGGCCGAAGCGAAGGCCAGAGAGUUGGCGUCACCCGAGCGAAAGGUGACCCGAUCUAUGGCUCAAUCCUCGAGUUCGGAGCGAGAGAUUGUUAGAUCUAUGGGUCAGUCUCUGUCUCCCGAUCGCAAAAUGUCCCGAUUUAUUGACCAAUCGGUGUCUCCGGACGGGAAGAUUAGUAGAGGGAUGAAGGCAUCAGUUUCUCCCGACCGGAGGGUCACUCGAUCUGAGAGCCAAUCGGUGUCUCCCGAACGCAAGAUUACGAGAUCUAUGACGAGAAUAGAAUCGGUAUCGCCGGACAAAAAGAUGACCAGAUCUAUGGCUCUAAGGGCGAGAGCACCAAAGACCACGAUUGAAAAUCUCCAGAACACAGUGAACAGCAGAUCCAGUCGACAAGAAUCUCCAAAGAAAACAAUUACUCAAAAGGAUGUGACGUUUAGCGGGAAUUUCGCGUCCGAAAUGGGUGUCAAGCGUUUGGACACCGUUUCGACCGCCAGUGAAUCUUCAGAAGAUCUGAUGCCAUAUAAGUGUGACCGCGAAGACUGUACGGAAGUGUUUGCUCACAAACAAGAUCUGGCGCAACACAUCUACGAUAGGCAUAGCAUUCAAUGCGAAGAAUGUGGCGAAAAGUUUCAAAUGGUGUUCAAACUGAACCGCCAUAAAGAGAGAGCACAUCCGCCGCCAUCGAAAUCGCCGACCAUUCGCAUGAAAUUACGGGCCAAAAGUUCCGGCGAUUGGUAUUGCGAUAACGACAGCGCCACCACUACAGGCGAUGGUCAGCACUCAUCGCCAGCCCCGCCGGUGUCCUCGUCGGCGGCGGCCGUCGGUAACGCAUGCAAUACUACUAGUGGUGAAGAACCGCAAUAUAAAUGUGAUUUUUCGGAUUCCAGUCAAGAAAACGACAAAAUGAUAGUCGAUAUGAAUCCACAAAGCGUUUCGGGACAAGAGUUGGGCAUUGAUUUGGACACCGAAUCGUCAAACGAAUGGGACAGUAAUGUGGACACAGAUAUGGAGGCAGAGUUGCUUAGACGUAGGGAAUCAGUGAUGGGAUCUGACAGGGAGUCAGUCAUCGAAUCUCUAAAAGAAUCGGACAAAGAAUCGCUUAAAGAGUCUGACUGUCAGUCAGUCACCGAAUCACUAAAAGAAUCGGACAAAGAGUCGCUCAAAGGCUCUGACAGUCAAUCAGUUACUGAAUCUCUUAAAGGAUGGGAUAAGGAGUCAAUCAGUGAAUCAGAUAAGGAUUCAGUGAAAGUGCCGGACAGAGAGUCACUCAAUCCAAGAGCCAGAAAGUUAAUGAAGGGAUUGGACAACGAGUUGUUGCAACGAUCGCCCGUUGAAUUCAAAUGCGAUGAUUGCGGGAAGAGAUUCAAAAUGGCGUUCGCUAUGAAUCAACAUAAAGACAAAUGCAGUCAAAUGAGGCGAAUGAAGAGUAAGGGCAAGAAAUACGUUUGCGAAGAGCAGGACUGUGGUAAACCAUUUACCAUCAGAAAGCACCUCGAGGUCCAUCAACGUAUCCAUUCGGGUGAAACGCCAUACGCGUGUCAAGAGGUGGAGUGCGGCAAAAGGUUCACUCAAAUGGCUAAUCUUCAGGCACACCAACUGAUCCAUACCAAAGAGAAGCCAUUCACGUGUGGCAUAUGUAGCCAAUCGUUCCCCGAGUUGUCUAAGCUCUUGGACCACAAACGCAGUGUUCAUAAUGAUAAGGAGAAGCGACACAAGUGUCCGGCCGUGGGUUGCGGUGAAGGCUUUUUCCAAUUGGCAACUCUUAACCAUCAUCUAAAGUCCAAACAUUGA